AUGGCCCAACUCAGUGAGCCAUUUCUGAGGCUCGUGAUUAUUAAUGUGAACUUAGGUAGGGACAUCAUAAAGCCCAUUCUUGAAAUUGCUCACCGAGGUCACGUCAACCUCACAGUCCUUAGCACUUCUGGCACAGUGACCAAGGUGACCCUUCAUAACUCACUCCAUGGCGAUGUUGCCUUAACACUCCAUGGGCCCUUCACCUUGCUCUCCCUCAACAACUCAUACUUAUUCAACAACCACUACAACCUUAACUACAGAGUUACCCUUCCCCUUCCUUUAUCCUUCAGGAUCAAUCUCUCCAACUCUCGAGGCCAAGUCACUAGUGGUGCCAUUGGCAACUAA